AUGGCCUCAGCCGCUGAGUGGGAUGGUGCUGCUGGCUCCUACCACUCCUUCGCGCGCUUCACGGAGCAGUUCGCACGCCAUGCUGUUGCCACGGCUCUUGGGCCUCUCAGCACCAGGACAGGUACCGAGGAGCAGCCACUGAUGCUGCUUGACGUGGCGAGUGGCACGGGUGUUGCGGCCUUCGGCCUCAUCGACGCGCUGCCGGCGAACGCGUGGGCAACUGUGCUGGCAACGGACUUUGCGGAGGCCAUGCUGGGGCAGCUCAGGGCGAAGGCGUCGCAGCGCGCGGAGGACGACGCGGCGAAGCAUCCGCACGUCACCUUGCAGGCAGAGAGAAUGGAUGCCCAGGACAUGCCAUCCGUCAGGGACGCCACCAUGGAUGCCGCCACCAUGGUGUUUGGCCUGCACAACCUGCCGAACCCUGUCUCCGGCGCGCGUGAGUUCUACCGCGUGCUGCGCCCCGGCGCGAAGGGUGUGAUCGUGACCUGGCACUGGAACAAGCUGCGUGAGUUCAUUGCACAGAUGCGCCUAGAGGUUGGCGACGUUGAGGCCAAGGCGGCAGACUACAUCGGGCCCAUGACCAACGAAGGGGAGAUGCGCCGCUGCUUGCAUGAAGCCGGCAUCCCAGAUGCCUGCAUUGUGGUCGACAUGGUGAAGGGCCUUCCGAUGCAGAUGUCACUGGAGGAGCUGGUGGUCUACCUGCGGACGAACUCGCUGGUACCGGCUCUGCGCGAAGUGGACGCUUCCUUGGUCCGACGCGUGGUGUCCGAGGAUCGGGGCUUCGGUGCGUGGGGCGACGAUUCCGGCUUCAUCCUCUGGGGCACAGCGAUGGAGGUCAGCGUGACCAAGCCCUGA